AUGACCACUGCUUGGACUGCUCUGCUGCUCCUGGGCUUGGCUGCCGCAGCCCCCCAGACACAGAUCCUGACCUACGAGCAGGCCGUCGCCUCGGCCGUUAACCUCUACAACCAGCAGAGACCCUCCGAGUUUGCCUUCCGCCUGCUGGAGGCUGAACCCCAGCCAAACUGGGACCCCAACAGCAAAACGGCCCAGGCGCUGAAGUUCUCCAUCAAGGAGACGGUGUGUCCCUCCUCACAAACCAGCAACCUGACCCAGUGCGAUUUCAAAGACGAUGGGCUGGAUAAAGAUUGUUCCGGAAUCUAUUCGGCGCAAAAACAACCUCCAGUUCACAGCAUCCAGUGUGAGGACGUUAAUCAAGAGCUGAAACGGAUCACUAGGUUUAGAAUCUUCAGCAUCAUCCGGAGGAUUUUUCGUGGCUUUCCCACCCGAACAAAACAGUUCCUGAUUGACCCUGCUUUGUCUCGUUCCUUGUCCCAAGAAAAGGAGCGGGCCUUCUGCAGGAAGGACCUCCGAGAAUUCAAUGGGGGAAAACCCCUGGCCCUCCGCCAGCGGCUGGACAAUCUGCAAGGACCAAGGAUGGAAAGGUUCUUCUGGAAGACCUUGAUGCUGGUUGGGGUUCUUUCAGCCUCUGGGAGUCCCCACCUACCCCACAAUCCAUUGACCUAUGACAAGGCCCUACGUCUUGGAGUGGAGAUCUACAAUAAGAAAGCUAAAGAAGACUCCCUCUAUCGUCUCCUGGAAGAUGUUCCCCAGCCUGAAUGGGAUCCCUAUUCCGAAAGCAACCAAGAGCUGAAUUUCACCAUCAAACAGACGGUGUGCCCGGUAGAAGAAGAAUUCUCCAUGGAUGAAUGCGACUUCAAAGAAAACGGGCUGGUCAGACAAUGCACAGGCUACUAUUUCCUGGAGGAGAGACCCCCAGUGGCUGUUCUCACCUGUGACACUGUGGGGCGAUUAGCAAAGGAGGAGGAGAAAGAGAAGAAGAAAGAGAGGGAGGAGGAGGAGGAGGAGGAGGAGGAGGAGGAGGAGGGAAAUAAGGACCUGUCCAAACGUGUCAAGAGAUUCAAGGAAUUUCUCCACAAUCUCGGGAAUGGCAUCCGUGAUAUCAUCCGGAAUAGCCACUUUGUCUUCGGCGUAAAUUUCCGCCUCUAA